UAAUGGUUCUACCGGGAGGAAACGAGUGUUAGGCCAAACCCAGCAGCUUCAGUGUUUCGCUUUAACAUCAAGAGGUUUUCCAUGGAAAUCGAGCAAAAAAUUAUUUCAAGUUGACUUGACAAACUGAAGCUGAAGUCAUAGCAAAUAGUUUCACUAUGAUUGCGAGCAAGUUGCAGCUGAUCUGGAGAUUGAAAGCAGCGGCAAAAAGGUGGUCGGUACAGCAAAGGAAAAGUUCAACCAACUGCGACCUGGCAAUCAUAGGCGGAGGAAUAAUUGGCACUGCUAUUGGCAGGCAGCUGAAGCUGGACCUCAACCACUUGAACAUCCAGGUGCUGGAAAAAGGUGGGUGCUUGGGCGGCCACCAGAGCAGCCACAACAGCGGGGUGAUGCAUUGCGGCAUCUACUACCCACCGGGCAGCCUUAAGGCACGUCUUUGCGUGCAGGGGAUUGACUUGCUGCAGCGCUACUGCAGCCUGAAGGGCAUCAGCUACAACAAAUGCGGGAAGCUGAUCGUAGCCUCGGACUGUAACGAAGCUGAGCUGCUGAACUGUCUGUUAGAGCGCGCUAGGGACAACCAAGUAGAGGAUGUGGAGCUGUUGGACUCCCUAGGGGCCAUUCAGGGCAAAUCUACAGGCUGUAGGGGGGUGAGGGCGCUGUGGUGCGCCAGAACCGCCAAUGUGAGCUUCAGGAACGUUACCCAGGCCUUUGGCACGGACUUUCAGGAGGCAGGCGGGAUCAUUCAUCUGAAUACUGAAAUAGUGGGCCUCAGACAGUCCUGCAACUGCGAGUACCCGUUAGAACUAACGCGUGAACAUGGGGAGACAAUUGGGGCCAAAUUCGCCAUUCUAUGUGGUGGGCUGCAAGCCGCCCGCCUCACCCAUUGGGUGGAGGGUGAGCCCCCAAAAUCCAGCCCUCAGCUGAUUUCCUUGAAGGUGGAUUAUCUGAGGGUGGCGGCCAAGUACUGCGACCACCUUUCGACGAACGUUUACCCAGUGCCGGAUUGGGGGGCUCCAUUCCUGGGGGCGCACUUCAGCCCCCAGUCUGACGGCAACGUCCUGCUGGGGCCAUGGGCAGUGCCUGCACUCAAACUCGAAGGCUAUAGCAAUGACGAAAUCAACAUGCCCUAUCUGGCCCAAGUGCUUGGAUCGUGCAACUUCCGCAACAUGGUGCGGCGCAACUUCUCAAAGUGCGUUCAUCAAGCCAGCAAGGCUCUGUGUCCAGACGUCCAGAUCAAAGAGCUGCAGAAGUUGAUGCCAAACUUCUCCUAUCAGUUCGCUGAAAAGGGGCCUUCGGCCGUUCAGUGCCAGCUAGUGAAUCUAGACGGCAGUUUUGUGGACGAUUUUGUCUUUGAGAUGUUCAGAGGCACUGGAGUGAGACAGCGAGUGGUCAAUUUGAAGUUCACUCCCAGUCCGGCCGCCACCAGCUGCAUGUCCAUCGCAGAGUUAAUCGCCCAAGAAGUCAAAAACAAACUUGAUUGCACCGCAUUAGGGUAGGCUGGUUUCUGCACAAGCGAUUCUAAUAAAAUAAAGUUUCCCGUU